UCUCUCUCUCUGUGCCAGGGUCCACCGCUCGAUCUCUCUCUCUCUUCCCCACUUCUCUAUAAAAAGAAGAGGGUGGACUGCGGAUUACUUCGGAACCCAGCAGUCAUCGAAAAUGGGGAUUUCUGGAAAGAGGGUGCUUCUUACCUCUAAUGGAGACUCUGUCUCCCGCGGUAUCGCUUACUAUCUAGCAAAAUAUGGCUGCAGGCUUGUGUUAAUGGGAGAUCCAGGCGUCCUCUCACAGAUGGCAGCUACCAUAACGAAUGAUCUGAAGCGGACUGGUGCCAUCCAAGUGGUCCAUCUAGAUAUGGAAGACGGGAGGGAAGCGGUCUUUGAUGGCGCCGUAGAUAGGGCGUGGAAUUGCUUCGGCCAGUUGGAUGCGUUUGUUAAUUGUUAUUCAUAUGAAGGCAAGAUACAGGAGAUUCUGAAGCUAUCUGAAGAAGAGUUCAAGAAAAUAUCUGCAAUCAACUUCUCUGCACCAUGGUUUCUUUUAAAGGCUGUCAGUAAAAGAAUGCAAACUAGUAAUCUGGGGGGAUCAUUUGUUUUCUUGACCUCAAUUAUUGGUGCAGAAAGGGGACUUUAUCCUGGAGCUGCCGCUUAUGGUUCUUGUUUAGCUGGAAUACAUCAGCUUGUUAAGGCAUCUGCCUUGGAGCUGGGCAAGUACAAGAUAAGAGUGAACGCGGUUACACGUGGCCUGCAUCCUCACGACGAAUACAUAGUAACAGAGAAGGAGAAGAAAGGGAAAACUGCAAAGGAUCUGAUGCCCUUGCAGAGGUGGCUAGAUGCAGAAAAUGACUUGGGUUCAACUGUUCUCUAUUUGGUCAGUGACGACUCCCGCUAUAUGACUGGCUCCAUCAACUACGUGGAUGGUGGGCAAUCCAUAGUUAGGCCUCGAAUGCGCUCCUUUAUAUAAUUGGAGCAGUUUUGGUAAUAAAAGCAAGUCGGUGUGUUGUUAGAUGGUCUUGUAAAUCAAGAAACUUGUUUCAGAUGACGGACAAGAUGUACGUGGAAUGAAUAACCCGAAAGUCGGGUAUCUAA